AUGUCGAGUCCUCAUGCUCGAAAUAUUGUCCGGAAGCUACUCGCAAAUAAAAACGCACUGCGAGUACAAGAACUGUAUAUUCGAGGAUUGUCCGAGUAUCCUGCCACCCCAUUCCCACCCCCUCCACCACCUAAGGAAUAUAUAGGACGACGUGGAGUACCAAAGCCUGUGCCUCCUCAACCACCUAACCCUACCCAUCCUUUCCGUUCACGCUCGUAUCUCAAGGAUAAAGUCCUUCCUGACCUUAUUUCGACUGGCGAGGUCGAAAAAUUCCAUUCGGUUGUUGAAGCCACACCAGGCCUUACCCCGUCAAAGAAGCGGAUAACUAGAUCUAAAGCGGCACAAGAAUCCGGAGGCCUUGAUAUUUGGAAAUGGCGUCUUACCGGUCCCCAAGCAGAAAGCUCUGAACCGAAGUUAGAGGAUGAGCCCAUUCCAGACUCGCACGACUGGUAUUCUCCAAAUCAGCUAUUCGAUACACUCGAACCCAAGAAGAAAAGGGGGGAAACAAGAACUGAUCCCUAUGGAGCUGGUCGAUGGGACCAUCUAAUACUCGGAAGCAGAAUUCGCGGCCUGGAAAGCUGA